AACAGUGGCGACUUUUGAAAAAGCGGCCUUCGUUUUGCUAAUUAGCGUUAGUUCGCAUUAUUUCCACGCUGAUUUAAAACGGCGAUAAUAAAUCGUUUUUUUUUUUCAAGUUUCUAUUGAAGAAAUGAAUCAAGCAACACUGUUGAAGCUUGUAACAGUAACGCCGUGUUAUUCCGAGUGUGCGUGAUAGUGUGCGAAAUAUUGGCGUUUUGCUAAAUGCGUUUUCCUAUUGUUAUUAACCGGGAAACUUAUUUAUUACAGAUUGUCCUUAGCUGGCUGCAUCCAGUCACAAUGCUACGGCUAGCUGUCUAGCAAUCCUCCGUUCAGCUGAACGGAGUGGAGCUAGCUGACUGUUAGCUUUAUAUCAGCGCUAGCUAGCAACCUGGUCUGACAUUCCGUGACAAGGGGAAAGUGAAGAAAAUAACCCGAGUGAAGGAAAACAUCAAGUCAGGAAAUUACACAGCAAGGAGUUGCUUUUGUUCAACGUGUAGCGGCUUUACAUUAUGUGUUUAAAUGGGUAACUUGAGUAAUUUACAUAGUUUAAACGUGUUGGUGGCCUCUUCCUAUGCUCCGCCAUUUUGUAUAAGACGAAUGCUAAUCAUGGGCGCUCUUACAUACACUUUAUUUAUGGCUAGAAUAAAACUGAGGUAUUAAGUGCAAAGUCAAACUUAAUCAAGGUCCACCAGCUCGGGCUGUUGUUUACUUUUCGCAUGGUUAUAAACAGCAUACAAACAGAAAAUAUCACCUUAAUUCUGUGUUGAACAUGCGUCAAGACCAAAACAAUAUACCGUAAUAUUCGUCGGAAUAAAACGCUUUUAAGUUUGGCCAGUCAGUGCAGAAAACAGUGUUCUCUUUAAAAUUGAUAAACAAAUGACCCUCUCAGUUGUUUAUAACCAGGCAAACAGCCGGGUUUAAGAGAUACUGUUAAAACAAGGAAAAGAUGAACUUGUGUGGUUAACUUAAAGUUGAGGCAUUUUUCCUCAUGUUUGUCAGUGAUCCUGAUGAAGGUUCACUCGGAUGGGGUCGUUUAUGCACGUAUUUCCCCGUUAGUUGACCAGCAAAACAAUAUUAUUAUUGACUGUGAUGUGUGAAAUCGAAAUGCAUGGUGUACCCUACAAGCCAGCACACACUCGCCAUCUAGCGGUGAUGUCGGACAAUGCUGUUUACAAGUGCAGAAGCUGCAUUUGUCGUUGGGAGCACUUUGCAGGGAUAUUGGCCGAGUGGGAAUGACUGACACCCCACCCAGUGAUGGCCCCUCCCAGGGAGCUGAUUUUGACAUUAUGGGUGCUCUGGACUGGAAGGAUGGUAUUGCUACGCUGCCUGGUAGUGACAUCAGGUUUCGCAUGACAGAGUUUGCGACUCUUGAGAUUGUCACAGACGUAGAGGUCAAAGGGCAGGAGGCACAGCCUAACUGUAAGACCUUGGACCCAGCGCAGUCACACACUCCCACCCCUCCACCAGAGGGCCAAUCACAGACUGGCACAGCCACAGCUCCAGCCAAUCACAGUCAGCCAGGAUCUUCUCAAGCUAAAGCCCCCGGUCCUGUACUUCUGUCAUUAGAGGAGGGCCCCAGUAUGGAGGGCCCCAGUGUAGAGGUUGGUCCCAGUGUUGAGGUUGGCUCUAGCACAGACAUGGGCCCAAAUGGGGAGCUGUCAAGGUGCCGGGCCUGUGGUGGCCAUGUUUCCCGGGAUGCCCUCUUUCAGGGCAAAUUCUGUAGCUCCAUUUGUGCCCAGCCCUCUAGUGGCAGAUCGUCUCCGGGGGAAGCAAGGGAGAGUCAAGCAGUUGAGGGUGAGAGGCUGGGUAAACGUGUGCGCAAAAAGAGGAAGAUCUAUAUGGAUUCUGGUGAUGAAGAGGAAGACAACCAAGAGGAACCAGAGGAAAAAGCCAAGACUACCAAAGGAAGAAGAGGUGCAAAAAUUGCCAAACUGGCGACUGCCCCACCCAAUAAGAAACGGGCAUGGAGCUGGCCUGCUUACUUGGAAGAGGAGAGGGCCAUUGCUGCUCCUGUUAAACUGUUCAAAGAGCACCAGUCGUUUCCUCAAAGCAGGAACAGUUUUAAGGUGGGGAUGAAGCUGGAGGGUUUGGACCCUUCUCAUCCAUCUCUGUUCUGUGUACUCACUGUUGCAGAGAUCCAAGGCUACAGGGUUAGGCUUCACUUUGAUGGUUACCCAGAAUGCUACGACUUCUGGGCCAACGCCGACUCGUGGGAUUUGAAACCAGCUGGCUGGUGUGAGAAGAAUGGACACAAGUUAUUGUUGCCUAAAGUUUCUCUUGUAGGUUGUAAGGAUGGCCACUUUAAUUGGAGCAUGUAUGUGAAGAACUGCAGGGGUCAGCUGGCCCCAAAACACCUUUUCAAGAGCCUCAACACAUCUGUGACUCCGUCUGGAUUUAGAGCAGGGAUGAAGCUGGAAGCUGUCGACAGGAAGAACCCGUCAUUGAUCUGUGUAGCAACCAUUGCUGCUGUUGUUGACAACCGACUGCUCGUUCAUUUUGACAACUGGGAUGACACAUAUGAUUAUUGGUGUGACGCAAGCAGUCCAUACAUCCAUCCUGUGGGGUUCUGUGAAGAGGCUGAGCUAACUCUGACCACCCCAGCUGGUAAGACACAGACCAAGACACACGUGGAAUAUAAGCAACCCAAGAGUUUCUCGUGGGAGAAAUACCUGGAAGAGACGGGCACACAGGCUGCUCCAGCUCGGGCUUUCAAACCUCGACCUCCACAUGGCUUCCAGAUUGGGAUGAAAGUGGAAGCUGUCGACAAGAGGAACCCCAUGCUCAUCCGUGUUGCAACUAUAGCAGACACAGAGGAGCACAGACUAAAGAUUCAUUUUGAUGGCUGGAGUUCAGAUUAUGAUUACUGGGUGGAGACGGACUGCCCCGAUCUGCAUCCUGUAGGGUGGUGUCAAAAAACUGGACACCCACUGCAAUACCCUAACGGCUCCAGUGAUUUAUUAACUGCCCCGGGACAAGGAUGUCCUACCCCAGGAUGCAACGGGGUUGGCCACAUCAGAGGACCUCGCUAUGGAACCCACUACACUCAGGUGAGCUGUCCGUACUCGGAGAUGAAUCUCAACAAGGAGGGCUUGCUGCCAGAUCGGCUCAGUGGAGAACGACCUCUCGCCCUCAGCGGACCUCAUCCUCGCGGGCGACGCCCCGAUCCUCACACAAACGCUACCACACAGAUUUCCUCAACGGCAGACCAGCCGGACGGCACUGAAGACUCCCAGAACAGGAAACCGGUGACAGUGGAAACUGAGCGUUCAGGCCGCAACAGUCAGCCCGAGCCACCGGGUGGAGCUAGUGAGCAGAGCCACAAUGGAACAAGGCCUAAACGGACUGCUCCAGUUCCUAAAUACCUGAAAAUGCACUACGUUAAAGAGGAGAUUGGUGAUAGUAAAGCCUCUCCAGACGCCAUCUCUCUUCAGCAGGCCCUCCACGAGUCUGUGUUUUCCCCCGGCAUCUCUGCCUCCCCCCCCCACCGGGUGGCUCUCUGCUGGGACAAACACUGCCAGCUGCUGCCUGAGGUCCUGGGGCUGACUGCCAAGAGAGUGGCCACUUGGAGCGCUGAGGAGGUGGCCAGUUUUGUCAAAGGACUCCCAGGAUGUAAAGAACAUGCUGCUACAUUUAAAACAGAACAAAUAGAUGGCGAGGCGUUCCUGCUGCUCACCCAAGCGGACAUUGUCAAGAUUCUGUCAAUCAAGUUAGGACCCGCCCUGAAGAUCUACAACUCUAUCCUCAUGCUGAAGAACGCAGACGAAGAGUAAGGAUUCCCUCGCUCUCCUCAGCGGUGUCGAACUCUGCGACGCUACAGCUACACAAGAGAAACAAGUGGAAGCUGUCAUCUCGAAAAACGUCCUAUCUCCCUCCCCCUCCUCCUCUUCACUGAAUGGACAACAUUCAUCAACCUGAGGGAGACUUUUACAAGAUACCAUGCAGAUUCUUCAACUUAUAACGUGUUUGUUUACCGAAUCAUAUAAAACAAAAAAACUACCGGCACCUUCAAUGCUUCUUCACAUUGUACAGUUUAUGGAUUUAGUGUCAUGGUUCUGUUGCAUUUUCUGUUUUUGUUUCGUAACUGUAAUGGUGCUUCAGCUCAGAUUUGAUGGAACAAGUGUCUUUGUGCUUUGUUGCUUUUUACUUGGCAAGAGUUUUGUUUUUUAUUUAAUUUUUUUUUAAGCUGCAAAAUACAAUCGAGAGGUGGUGAGAGGUUUUUAAAAUGUGAAACCCAGUGGAGCAGAAGCACUAUGUAGUUCAGCCUUCUUCCUCUAGAUGGAGAAAGUGGGUCACUCUACAGGCCCAAAGGCAAGAGAGUUUGUUUAAUUUGGAGUUGGCUGAGGCUUUGACUGAAGGGGGGGGGGUAAAAACUUUGUGUGUGUGUGUGCGCAAGUGUGACUAAGUGUGUUUGAGAAAUGAGGAUGUAAUUUCCCACCAGCCCUUGUGUGUUGCUUCUCUGGUCAGAUGAUUUAGCAGGGCUAAGGGCUAAAUGUUAAAUCACAGAAACUCGCAGUCUUUUAAGGUGGAACAAGACAAUGAACCAGCUCUGUUCUUCUCUAUCUGCGAUUUUUAUGGGCAACGGCAAAUGAAUAUGAAUGUUAAAAAAAAAACAGCUUUUAGUUGUUUUGUUGAUAUUAAUGAUCUUGUUUGAUUUAAAAACCUUUGUCAGUCAUAUUGUAAAUAGUAUACAGCUACAAAUGGACUGUCCUUGCCCCUAACAGUUUACUCCUGCUUGGUUAUGCAAAGGCUUGACUUCUGUCUACAGGGAAGGACAACAUGACAGUGAAGUGAAAUAUACGAGCCUCAAUUCAUACGUGGAUCUUGAGAAGAAAAAAACAAACAUUGUCAGUGUCUUUGUAAAUCAGCGUGUACUUUUCAGCAAGUUGGAAUGUGUACAUCAGCAACUGUUUAUAUGCAAACAGCUUUUAUUUAUGUAUUCUAAUUUAAGGAGUAAUGGUACGCUGUUCUGGCUCCGAGGUGGCUGUUUGAUGGAGUGGGUAAAAUAAAUGAGAUGCACACUG